UGCUACCCUUUUGACGGAAAGCGAGCAGAACUCCGUCCCUCUCUUCCUCGUCCGCUUCGGUCGGUAUGCCGCCACCUUCUGCCAACCCCUUCUCCAAUCCAAAACCCUAGGCCCCCUUCCCCAUCCCCUCUCCUUUCAUUCCGCUACCCCAAUCCCCAUGUUUUCCUUCGCAUUCAAUACUUCCCUCGCCGGCCGAGCCGGGGGGCUCAUCCUCACGCAGGGACAUACUAAACUGUGCUGGCCACACCACAUCCGCGGGCCCAAUGCUUGUCCUCCCUUCAGAACAUCUCGUUUCCCACUUCAAUCCGGCCGUGGCCGCCAGAAUUCUCACGGCUUCGGUACAUUCUUCCCCUUCUGGUGUAAAAGGGUCGAGCUUUCGCCCGUCGUCCGCAGUUUUGAUUCCGAUGGAAGAAAGGAGAUUCCUCUGGAUGAGAGAGCUCGAGUUUUUGGGGUUCUUGGUUCCCUUGGGUUUGGUUCUGUGAUUGCGAUGAUUGCCUGCGGGAUGCUUGUCGCAAGGUCCUGCAGAUCUCUUGCCGCAGAGGGAGUGGUGGAAUCUGGCGUUGCGGCCUUUGGUUCGGAGAAAGCGGUUCCUAUGGUGGUGUGGCCGAAGUUGUUUCAGGUUCUUAAUGUGCUUAGAGAGCAAGGUUUAGUAUUGGCUGCGUUGCUGGGACUUUCUGCUUUCUUUUCUUUGGCAGAAACUGCAAUCACGACUCUGUGGCCAUGGAAGGUUCGUGAAUUGGCUGAGAAGGAUCCAGAAAAUGGUGUCUUCAGACUGCUUCGAAGUGAUGUUACUCGUUUCCUGACAACGAUUCUCAUUGGCACAACUGUGGUCAAUAUUGGUGCUACAGCACUUGUGACGGAUGCAGCAACUGCAAUUUUUGGAGAAGCUGGAAUUAGUGCAGCAACAGGGGUUAUGACAGUUGCUAUUUUGUUGCUAACAGAAAUUACACCAAAAAGUGUUGCUGUUCAUAAUGCCACAGAGGUAGCUAGAUUUGUUGUCAGACCAGUAGCAUGGCUAUCAGUGGUCCUGUAUCCUGUUGGACGGAUUGCCACUUUUCUUUCGAUGGGAAUCUUAAAAAUGCUAGGUUUAAAAGGCAGAAGUGAACCUUAUGUGACUGAAGAUGAACUAAAACUGAUGCUAAGAGGAGCAGAACUAAGUGGAGCAAUAGAAGAGGAAGAACAGGAUAUGAUUGAAAAUGUCUUAGAGAUAAAAGACACACAUGUCAAAGAGGUAAUGACACCUCUAAUUGAUGUAGUUGCAAUAGAUGCAAGUGCGAAGCUUAUUGAUUUUCAAAAGCAAUGGGAGACACAUCAAUACUCUAGGGUACCUGUUUUUGAGGAGCGUAUAGAUAAUAUUGUGGGCAUUGCAUAUGCAAUGGACAUGCUGGAAUAUGUUGAAAAGGUUGACAAGCUGCAAGAAUCCACUGUAAAGGAGAUUGCUCACAAGCCAACAUACUUUGUUCCUGAUUCAAUGUUUGUAUGGAGCCUGCUGAGAGAGUUCCGCAUUAGGAAAGUUCACAUGGCUGUAGUUCUGAACGAAUAUGGGGGAACAGUUGGUAUCGUUACUCUGGAAGAUGUUGUUGAAGAAAUUGUUGGUGAAAUCUUCGAUGAAAAUGACUCCAAAGAAGAGAUUCAGAGGAAAACUGGUUAUAUUGUAAUGAAAGAGGAUGGCACAUUUGAUGUUGAUGCAAAUACAUCAAUUGAUCAACUUUCAGAAGAACUGAAUGUCAAACUGCCAGAGGGUCAUCAGUACGAGACAGUAUCCGGUUUCAUCUGCGAGGUGUUUGGUUAUAUACCAGAAGAAGGUGCCAAGAUUGUUGUGGUGCUUGAGAAGGCAAACCGAGAAGAGAACAGUGAAUACAGAAAUGAAGAGUCAGAUGGUCCAAGCAGGAAUGAAAGACAUCAAAAAUAUGAAAUUGAGAUAUUGGAAGCUGAUGCAAGGAAAGUUGCUAAAGUCCAUUUUAAACCACUAAGUAAUCAAGGUGCAGAUUUGGAUGCAAAGGGCAUAAAUCGUGUAGUUUCCAAAAAGGUGGUCAAGAGGAAGAAGCAAAUUGAUCAACUACAGAGGUUGGAAGAAGACAAACCUCUCCAAGUCACAUUUGAUGAGAAGUUGAAGGGCUCAGACUGCUCUCUUCCAAUAUAAAUAAAAACCAAGGAAAUCUGGAUGCUAUGGACCAGAUGUGUGGAUGAACAGAGGUGAAGAGUAGUGUCAUCUGUUUUGUUGCUCAUAACUUCAUGGAGGACAGUGAACGAGCUGAUUACUAGCAAGAUCUUGAUGUUCUGCAACUCUCUGAUCAUCAUGGUUAUCGAGCCAACAGGACGAAGGAUCGCAGACCUAAAUUGCGGUGGAAGAACCAAUGUGUUAUGCAUAAUAUUCGGGUUCAGCCUCCGCUUUUUGAAAAACUGGUUUUGUUUUUUUUUUCUCCUCUCAUCUCUUUAAUUUGCUGCUGUUUGGGGUUUUCUUGUGACAGAGCAGUGGAAGAUAUGGUUGGUUUGUUUUUGUGCCUCAUGAUGAAUUUGGUAGAUUUGCUGAUGUAACUGGCCGUGUGUACUAAAUGAUGUGGAGCGAGUAGAAUCCAAUGGCAUUGGAGGAGUGCAGAAUGAUAGGGAAUGUUUUUGUGGCCUGAGGAGCAAGGCUGAUGUGGAGCCUACAACCAUGCUGCUUAGGGAGAUAAAGUGGAAGAGUAAUCCACAUGAAGCAUGAACGUGAGGAGUUGCAAAGGAGUUUGCAGAAGGUAUUAAUGUCACGUAAUGCAGUGUUCUCUUGUCCUGUUUUAGAGGCAGCUUCCAACCAAUGUCUCCAUCGCCAGGUCAAUUUGAUUGGGACUUUUAAACUGCAAGUCGAAGCCACGAACAAAUCCUGAUUGGAGAGGUUGUUUAUUGCGCCAGGUCUAUUAAGCUGUUUGUUAAGUUAUAUUUUGAUUCUCCGACAUGUGAAAGAGUUUGAAGUUGAUUAGGGUUUCGAGUUUGUCAUAGGUUGACGUGUUUGGGAUCAGGGAUUUGAAUGAUGAUCUUGUAAGAAUUAUGUCGUGGCAUACCCAACAAAAACCCUUCUGAUGUAAACAAUUACGUGAGUCAUUCGAUCAUCAAUGAAUCAUGAGUUUGUGUAUCUAAAUAAUUAAUCAGAACAUGGUUGUGUAA